AUGCAAUUUGUCCCAAAAACCUCAACUCGAGUGUCCAAGAAGACAAAAAGAGAUGUAAGUUUUUAAAUUUAAAUUCGUAUUUUUUGUUUUAGGUAUCAGAGGCUGUCAUCGGAGAGAAGGAAAACAUUCCGCCCGAAAUUGUUGUUCAGCUGCCCGCUACUCAGACUCCUCAACAAGGUCAAGGGAUGAUAUCACAGCAAAGUAAAGCAAUGAAUCAGACUCCUCAACAAGGGCAGGGAAUGAAUCCACAAACCCAAAAGGUAGCUCCUCAGAAUGCCCAAGGAACUCAGGAUGUGUUGAAGAGAAAGUUGCCGUCCCGUGCCAAUGAAGCCAAACCCGCUAAAUCAAUGGACCAGUAGGUUUUAAAAUUUUUCUGACUUUGUUCACUCUAGGUGGGUGGUCAAGCGCUGCAAGCUCAAUGUUGAGGCCAAUAAAGUCGAAUCCGUGACCCUGUUCCUGCGGUCAGCCAUGGUCCCCUUCCUACAGCAAUCAAUUACGUUCCGCAACGAAGCCCUGUUCCAGCGCCUCGCGGCGUUGGUGGUCGGAGAGGUAGGUAGAAAAUGUGCAUAUGUUUGGAAAAUGAAAAAAAAAAUACGCACAUUUUUUACUUAUAGGUCAUCGAGGUGAAGGACUACAAGGCCUACAAUACAUAUGUCACAAUUUUUGGAGAAGGUGAUGUGAACACAACCGUCCAGUUCCAAAACUCCGCUGACGAAGAGGAAGAUAUGCUUAUUUAA